UUCAGGCAGCAAGUGUACAUUGUUGAUGCGUUCGCGUACUGCGUUCAGAAAAUGGAAGACUCGUCAACAGCACCAUCGGUAGCGGCGUGUGCGUCUGUGCCUUCGUUUCUCGUCGUCAACAACGAUACGUGCUAUCAGCUGACGUUCUCCACUGUGUUCGUGGUAGCGGUGUUCGUCAUAUGCAAAUCCUCGUACGCAAACUGCGGCAAUGGCGAACCAAAGUCACAGUGGUGGUACUGGGAUGCGACCCCAUAGGCCUCACUACCGUUCUCCUAAGUGCACAUUCAAAGAAAACGUCUAAGAUAAUUCUUCUAGAGGAGAAAAGUAGAAAAUAUUUAAUUGGACGUCCGCAGCAAUUGGCACUAGACGGACACUCAGUCCGGCUCCUCAGAAGACUACAAGUGGAUUUCGAUAACAUUGAAGGAUGCUGGCAGGAGGAACGAUUCUGUACGCCGAUGGGUGUGUUGCAGGAAUAUUUACUGAGUCUUAUUCAACGUUUAGAUGCCGAUAUCGAAGUCAAGCUAAAUACAAAGCUCACCAAAUCUAUUCUGGAUAGUUUAUGUAAACAUAAACAAAGAACAUUGAUUGUGAUAUGCGACAGCAGUAAUCCGUCCUGGGCGACUUCUCUGUCCAUAAACGACGAAUAUCUACAGGAAUCGUGUAAAGUUUACGGAGCUGUAGCAUCCCUGGAUCGCGUAGAACAGCAGCAAAUUCCGACCCCAGAAAUCCGGGUGAAUCGACUGAAUGUUGAUAUGUCGGCAUAUGGCGGCGAGUUUGACAGACUGCAAGGAUGCACAAUCAUAACCUUUUUUCUUAAAAUAUUUGGUACAUUACGUCAUCGUUAUAUUGCGUUGGCCUGUCCGAAGUCUGACUCACAGUUGCUACGACAACUGAGGAUGACCUCUGACUCGUGGAUCAUGAGAAAUAUUUUCCAGGAAUCCUUUAAUGCGUACAAGUUAAAAAGUGAACAUCGAAUGACCGACAACGCUGCUCGUAGUCUCAAAUGCAGUUAUCGCUUAUUUGACGUGAAGCUCUCCUAUCGGCGCCAAAAUGUAAUGUAUAUAGAAGAAGACAACCUGGUUGUCACAAUGGAGGGAGACGCUGCACGCUGUCUUAAUUUGAAUUCAGGGCUUGGCACAAACUUGGGUCUCCGUGGAAUAGAAUUUCUUCCGCGAUUCAUCGUCGAUAUUGCCAAUAGCGACCAUCCGUUGAGUAUGAUGGACACCCUGAUGAACAGGAAUAAGCAGGCCAUCAAAUUAUCAGAAGAUUUUAUCAAAAGCGGUAUUCCUAAUAUCAUGUACAGUUGAGUGCCGAGGUCGUCGAACCAUUUCAACUUCACAGCGAUGCUGGAAGUGUCUUCGUCGCCAUGGCAACGUAAAUUAGAAGAUUAGAAAACGCAAUCUGAUCUGAACUUUGAACUCCUUGCGUUUAACUGAAGGAUGUCGUUUACGUGGUAUUUUCAUUUCCAUUUCCUAAUAUUGUACAGUACUAGUAUUUCGUUAUUGUCGCCAGUACUAAAUGGAGGUAUAUUUUUUAUCAAAUACUUUCUAUACACAUGAAGAUAUAUUAUUGCACCUUUCACUGUGAUUAAAAUAAAUUUCACCGAUAAUUUU